AGCGAAUGUUGAAGCUGGAAAAUCGAAAUUUUCAAUCUUGUACGUAUCUACGAGGCGUUCGGCGAAUUACCUCUUUAUGAUCCGAUAACGUUUUUUCUAAUUCUUGGAUUUUUUGUUGUUUUUCCUCGGAAAUUUCCACGAAUUUCACGUCAGACAGCUCGUAAAGCUUCUUCUCGCAUUCGUCGAUUCGAAAUUCCUAUUAAAAUGACUGGUAUAAAGCGACAAGUGGGAAAUUAAGUAUUUUACCCACCAUUUCGUAAACAACUUCUUUGAUUCUAUCCAAUUCCUUCCGUUCGGAUUGAAUGUGUUUCCUUAACUGCGCAGUCGUACAAGCUCCGGUGUUAAUUUCUAUUUCCAAAUUUUUUCCUAGGGCUUUUUGUUCUUUUAAUUGCUGUUCGGAUCUGAAAAGUACGCCGUUGGUUUUUUCGGUGUCGGCCAAGCUGAUGUUGUACAGUUUUUCUUCGUGUUCGAUCAUUUUUUCGAUUCGUUUUAUUCGAUCUUCGGACGUCAUUGCACAAUUUUUUGUUUCGUGUAAUUUAUCUUCGAGAAUUGCGACUUCGUCGGCGUAUUUGGCGCACAAAACUUCUUUUUCCGCGAAAACUUCGUCCAUCCUUUUGGCUUUGAGACGUUCAUUUUUAAGGUGGUGUGCAGCGGCGCUGACUUGUCGUUUUAAAGUGUGAUACUGAAAGUUAGACGAGCUUUUAUACAAAACUAGCGUUAUUCUAUCGUUUUUGUUUUGAAAACGUCCCUGUAUAAAGUGAACUAAACACAAGAAGAAAUAUUCAUAUUGGUCAAUCUGUUUGUAAUUUUUGGAAUUUUAUUUUUACACGUAGUUGAAAGGUUGUAUGGAAAUUGAGAAACUAUCUCCCGUACUAUAAAAAUGUCGACACUUCAAAUUUUCCCAAACUAUGAAUAAAAAACUAUCUCCCGUACUAUAAAAGUUUCGUAACAUAAAAUAAUACAAACUUUCUCCCGUACUAUCAAAAUUUCCAUACCUCAAAUUUUCCCAAACUUUGAAUUAAAAACUAUCUCCCGUACUAUAAAAAUUUCGGCAGCUCAAAUUUUCCCAAACUUUGAAUAAAAAACUAUCACCAGUACUAUAAAAGUUUCGAAACAUAAAAUAAUACAAACUUUCUCCCGUACUAUCAAAAUUUCCUUACCUCAAAUUUCCCCAAACUUUGAAUUAAAAACUAUCUCCCGUACUAUAAAAGUUUCGUAACAUAAAAUAAUACAAACUUUCUCCCGUACUAUCAAAAUUUCCUUACCUCAAAUUUUCCCAAACUUUGAAUAAAAAACUAUCUCCCGUACUAUAAAAAUGCGGACAACUCAAAUUUUCCCAAACUUUGAAUAAAAAACUAUCACCAGUACUAUAAAAGUUUCGAAACAUAAAAUAAUACAAACUUUCUCCCGUACUAUCAAAAUUUCGACACUUCAAAUUUUCCAUAACUUUGAAUAAAAAAUAAUCUCUCGUACUAUGAAAGCUUCGAAUCAAAAUGUUCACAAACUUUCUCCCGUACUAUUAAAACUUCGCCACCUUAAAUUAUCCCAUAUUUUGAAUAGAAAAUUAUCUCCCGUACUAAAAAAAUGUCCAAACAUGAAAUUUUCCCAAACUUUGUCUAUGAAAGUUUCAAAACAUCAAAUUUUCACAAAUAGAAUAUAAAACUAUUUCCCGUACUAUCAAAAUUUUAAAACUUCAAAUUUUCCCAAACUUUGAUUAAAAAACUGUCUCCCGUACUAUCAAAAUUUCUAAACAUCAAAUUUUCACAAACUUUGAAUGAAAAAUUAUUUCCCAUACUAUAUAAAUUCCAAAACAUGGAAUUAUCCCAUACUUUGAAUAGAAAAUUAACUCCCGUACUAAAAAAAUGUCCAAACAUGAAAUUUUCCCAAACUUUGUCUAUGAAAGUUUCAAAACAUCAAAUUUUUACAAAUAGAAUAGAAAACUAGGUAAGACUGUCUCCCGUACUAUAAAAAUUUCUAAACCUUAAAUAUUUGCGUAUGAAAGUUUAAAUAUAUCAAAAGUUUUAAAACUAUAAAUAAAAAAUUAUCUCCCGUACUAUAAAAAUGUUGAUUUUUAUAUUUUAUAUAUUGAUCAAAACAUGUAAUUUUCCCAAGCUUUGAAUGAAAAACUAUAUCUCCUCGUAUUAUUGAAAGUCUUGAAUAAUCAUCAAAACCUCAAAAUUAUAAAUUAAAAACAAUCUCCCGUACUAAAAAGUUUUAGAAUUAUUAAAAGUUCCAGAAUGUUAAAUAGAAAACAAUCUCCCGCACUACACGUUUCGAAUGGCGCUUUUUUUUAUCAGCUGACCUAUUUAAAUACGUCACGGUUCACGUUAAAAGUUUGAUUCGUCGUUGCUAAGCAACGCGAAUCGAUUCGUCGAUAACUUCCGACAAGUCAUUAACCUACAAAUACCAAGAAGAACGAUUCCUCUCGAAAUUGUCAUGCAGUUGCCAGAUGCGAUGCGCUGAGGUUUACCAACAGACGUUUUUGUACGUCUAAUUUUUUUUUAAACACGAAUAUAUUUAUAAAAUUCAAGUUUUACAAAGCGUACAAUGUGAAACAGAAUGUCCCGAAAAGGUUUUUUGGUGAAAGUCGAGUUCGACGUGCAAAAAGUUACGUGUCCGGGAGUGUGGUUGUGUUCGAACGGAAAAGUUUCUUUGCAAAUACACAUGUUCGGAUCUGCCGUGCAGACGAGAAACUGCAAACCCGCAUUUCCUUUGAUAAUUUACGAAAAAUUCGUAUUUUCCAAGAUUUUCCAUCAAGACAGAAGAUUGAACGAAUUACAGAGACGUCUCAAUAACGAGUGGUUCUACGUCGAAUUGAUACAAUGGAAAUCUUGCGACGAGGGCCGCGUCCUCGCCACGUUCAGGACAACUUUAGACGAAUUGUUGUACCCUACGUCCUUCAGAAAUUCAAUUAUGGGAGUAAAUAUUGACCUUUUAAUGGAAAGCAGCGAGAUAUUUCCUGGGAAAUUGGCACCGAAGCUAGAAAUUAGUACGAAAACAACUGUAGAAGAAACAAUAUUCGAUUCGGAUUGUCAACAUUCCAAUGUUACCUUAAUCAACCCCAAAGCAAUUUUUUGUAAACCGUUAUCCGAUGAAAAUAAAGGGGUACCCAGAAAAGUAUGUCAUUCCGUUGGGUUUAGCAGAGCUCAGAGAAAUAUACCGACGAAGAAGAAGAAAUCGCGACCACCUUUUAAAUAUUCCAAAGUUUCCGACGACCUCAUAUUACGUAAUAAUCCCAAUAUUGUGUUGAGAUCAGAAUAUCAAGUUGCAAACAAGAAAAAACCUCGUUGUUGUUAUUGUACGAAUCGGGUAGUACGGCCCUGUACAGAAUGCGAUUGCAAAUUCGAGGGGACGUCCCACGAGAAAUCAUGCGCAGUGUGUUCCCUUUAUGACGGAUAUUUUACCGAAACCAGCGCCGCCGCAUCCGAUAAACCGCAUAACAUUUCAACCGAUUACGAAUCGAAAAAAUUAUGCGAUUUUUGUAAAAAAGAUUAUAAAAAUAUCGGUAAAUAUCACGUGACGUCCAAAGAUGGUUUUCCUUGUGAUUCGGACAGCGAUUUUUCGGAGAGAAGUAGAAAAAUAUGUUUGUGUUUACCGGGAAAUCGGACGACAUCUUUGGCACAACAAUUACACGAAAGAUUAUCUAGAACUCUUGACGCUAAUAGCAGGGUGUUGCAACAUUGCGUCGAUUGUAGAACGUAAAAUAUUUAAAAGAAUAUUGUAGUAAUAUUAUUUAUAUCACUUUUAUACACCACGUGCAAUAAAUAUAAAUUAAUAUUCAAUAA